AUGGAUUCAGAUAAAAAAAAAAUUCAAAAAUUGUUCCCAGGCCAACAUCUAUUCAUGUUUGAUACAUUUUCUGGUCUUAGUAAAUGUGUGCACACUUUGAUUCCAUCUCAUAUUUCUAUACCAUUGACUACCGAAAUUUAUCCAAAAUUUGAAAAAAUUCAAAAGUCAAAUGAAGCUUUUUAUAUAAUCAUUAAAUUAUCGUCUAUCUAUCCAAAAGAUAAAUUUCUUGAAAAUGAAAUAACUUUUAUUAUCAAGGAUAAUAAAUACCAUAGUGGCUAUGAAAUAAAAGUUGGUCAAGCCACAAGUGAAGAUUGUCCAAGUGAAACAACUGCAAAACUAAUUUUUAAAUGUCCACAAGAAAUGUUACCAACCCAUAUUGAUUUUGAAAUCAAAGUAAGGGGAUCCACAUUCCAUGGUUAUUUCGAUUUAAAAUACUCUUGGUUCACUGGUGAUUUUAUUACUAGAAGUCCAAUUAAUAUUUGGGUUGAUGGAAACAAUGCUUUUCAUGUCACCACGGAACUUAGAUUCCAAAGUGUUGCUCAUAUUUUAGCAACCAAAAUCGUUAACCAACAUGGUCUCUCUCCAAGACUUGUUGACUUUUACAAGAAUGUUAUCAACUCAUUAAAAAUUGUGUUUGUCGAUAAGCCGGGUAUGGCAAAGAACCAAGGUAACCUUAGCUAUACUCAUGCAACAAAGGGCCAAUACUCUAACAAACAACACCUAAAAGAUCUUAUCACUGUUGGCGAAGCAAAGUCUUCUCUAGAAUGUCAUGCUAUUCUUUUCGUGAUUUCAAUUACAUUGGUUGAUGAUGAUGUAGAUUUUGAAUUCAUAAAAGGUAAAAUUCGAGAAUCACUUCAAGCAAAAAUCAAACCAAUUGUUGUGGUCACUCACUGCGACGACUAUUCACCAGAAGAAGCUGAAGCAAUGAAAAAGAAACUUGAAGAAGAACUAAAGGUUGAUAAAAAGAAUUUCUUUUAUUUAACUCCAUAUAUUCAAGGUGAGAAACAACGUGAUCCAACAAAAGAUAGAAUUGUUUUUCAAAUACUCAAAUCUAUUGUUGAAAUUGCCAAUAACACUCAAAAUCAAAAAAUAUUAGAAUCUUUGGCCAACGAUAUUAAUAACAAUAAUAUAGAUGAAAUUUGUAACUCCUUUGUAAAUACUUCUAUUAGUUCAACUACCACUACCACUACCACUACUACUAAUUCAAAUACCUCAAGUGCUAAUUCGACUCCAAAUGGAAAUUCCUCUUCACCUUUAUUAUCCCCAAAUGUUGUUGGUUCAGAAUCUACUCUUUGGACAAUUUGUGUAAAGAAUGAUUUAACAGAUGCAAAAAGUUUAUCCAUCAAUGACCUUAAAGAUUUUGUUUCAAGAGUGUCACAAAAGUUUAAACUUUCUGUUGGUCUUUUUAGUUUUACAGAUGAAAAUGGUUAUGAUCUUUUAUUCCCAGAUGAAUCCAUUUUACUCAAUGUUUUAUCUGAUAAUAUUACCCUUUCAAUCUCUGAUUAA